UUUCGUGGUAUGUAAAUUACACAAUUUUCAAGUAUUUAGCUCCGAAUAUAUCCAUUGAAUUUGUUUCUCAACUCCAAUGAACACAUAUUAGGCUUUAAAUUGGUGAUUAAGGAAGUAGUUUGCGAAGUCCAAGUUCCAGUCCGACUGAGAAAAUCUGCCGCAAGAGCCUGGAUCCUAGAGCAGAGCACUCUCUCUGAGCCUCUGAGCCUCUGAGCUUGGCUUGGCCGCUGCCAUAGUUUUAACAAAAGAAAGAAGAAGAAGAAGAUGAUGAUGGAGGUACUGGAAUUUGUAAUGUCCGUGGAAUUCUGGAGAAUGUCGGUGCUCUGGACAUUCUGUCUCCUCAUCUCUUACUGGAAGCUCAUUGCUUCAUAUUCUUGUUCUUCCAAACCACCACCUUCACCUUCAGCAUUUGGACAUAGGCCUCUCUGCAUUAUCACUGGUGCAACGUCUGGAUUGGGUGCGGCUGCUGCCCAUGCUCUCUCCGCCCGUGGUUUCUUCGUGAUUCUUGUUGGACGCUCAUCCCACUUGUUAGCAAAGACGAUGAUGGACAUCAAAACUCAGAAUAAGAAUGCACAUCUCAAAGCAUUUCAGGUUGAUCUCGCAUCAUUCGGCUCAAUUCUCCAGUUCAAAGCCUCCCUACAGAAGUGGCUUUCUGACUCAGAGAUGCACUCUUCCAUACAACUCCUUAUAAACAAUGCCGGGAUACUCGCAACUUCUUCCAGACUCACUUGUCAGGGCUACGAUCAGAUGAUGGCUACAAAUUACUUAGGUGCAUUCUCUCUGACCAAACUAUUAUUACCACUUCUCAGAAACAGUCCAAUUCCUUCCCGUAUAGUGAAUGUAACGUCCUUCACACACCGAAGUGUAUUGAAUGUACAGGUUAACAAGGACAUUGUAUCUGGGAAUUGCUUCAGCAGAUCAAAACGGUACCCAUAUGCUCAUGUCUAUGAGUAUUCCAAACUAUUCCUGCUGCUCUUCUCCUAUGAGCUUCACCGGCAACUUGGCUUGAUGGAUAUCUCUCGUCAGGUCUCUGUCAUUGCUGUGGAUCCUGGAGUUGUGGAAACCAACAUCAUGCGAGAAGUUCCCUCGUGCCUAUCCAGUCUGGCUUUCAUAGUUUUGAAACUUCUGGGCCUGUUGCAGUCACCUGAAAUUGGGGUUAGCUCCAUUCUUGAUGCAGCACUCGCCUCACCAGAAACAUCUGGCGUAUACUAUUUUGGUGGAAAGGGUGGGACCGUGAACUCCUCUGUGCUUUCGUAUAAUGCCAAACUUGCCAAGGAACUUUGGAAUGCAUCAAGUGAUCUAUUUUUAGAGUCAGAGCUUGCUUCCAAGGAAACCAUUUCUGUAUCAGAUGGUAAAUCAUAGGUAGAAUUGCGUGCACAUAUAUGGACAGAGGCAUGUGACUCUUUUUAACAGUAAAUUAGAUGAAUUUGGUUGUUGAAAAAAGAUUAGGAGGCAAAUCGAAAAUUAGCUACGAACUCCACAAUCAUCCACAAUCAUGACACGUGUACAAGAUAUCUGUGUACAUAAUUUAUCCAGGUUUUUUCAA